AGAAGCACAUUCCAAAAACACCCACUCACACAACAUGUUGCUAUCGAUUUGGCAUCGUAUGGUUUUCAAAGGAUCGUAUGAAGAAUUAAAGGAUAAUCUUUUCUAAAUUCUCUAAAACUAUCUUUACUUUACUUUAUCUUCAACCUAAAGGAUGAAGAAACAAACCCUUCUAUUUUUAAUACUAAAUAUGGUAUAAAUUCGUACUUGUUAUGUAAACCAUAUCUCAACUCCAUUUUUUUUUCUCUCUCAGUCAUGAUCAUGAGCUUGUUUCAUCAUCAAGAACCAUCAAACCACUCCAAGAAAUACAGAUUCCUCAAGGAUGCUCUUGCAACCUGCCAUACUUUCUGCAGAAAGAUUUCUUCUCAAAGCCUAGAGCAACAAGAUGAUCAUGGUGACGAUGAUGAUGUUGAUUACGAUGACGAACAAGAAAUUUUUGUUUCAGCAGUUCUAAGCAAAUACAAGGAGUCAAAAUCAAAGAGGAAGGUUGGGCUAACAGUCGAUAGUUUCAUAUGGGAGUUCGAGUUUGAGCUUGGUCUCGGUUUCUCUCCAACCGAACCACCUCCCAAAAGAAAGGAAAUACAACAUGCAUAUGCAAGUAAUGUAGAAGACCACAGGGAUGAUGAAUUCUACUCUCCUUGCAGCCAUCUUUCUCGGUGCUCAAGUGCAACAACUGCAGAAGCAUUCAUGUCUGUAAAAACAAAUCUUUCUCGAUGCUCGAGCAUGAGUCGUUUCGAGUUCCCAGUGUUUAGGAGAAGACAGCGGUCGAUGUUUCUGGAACUUUGUCAUUGUGAGGGGUGGCCUUUUGGUCUGUGCAGGAAGGCUCUUCUUGUUCCACCUCUUCCUAAAUCACCAUCUGAAUCUUGGAAGUGGCGUAAAUCCACCAGACUUGUUAAGAUUCCUUGAUUCCUAGUAAUAUUAUCAGGGUUUUUUUUUUUAAUUGAGAAUAAAGCUGAUGAUGGUCGAAUGUUAUUCAAUGAUAGCAUAGAUCAUAAACUUGCAUAUAUCAUGUAUGUAGUUUCGAAUCUAAGAUUUUUUGAGACAGUUAUUGAUUUUCGAAUGACUUAAUUUUGUGCA